CAUGUACGUACGCAAUCCUAGAGUUAGUAGGAGUCAGUAAGGUAGUCAGUAAUUGACUCAAGUAUGACUCCUACCCAAUCAGGGUAUCUUCGGCGAAGGCGAAAAUGUUUCGGCCGCUAAAAAACUACUUACUUACUGCUGGUGGUGGUGGUAUUUUAGUUGAGCAGGUUUUUUAUUUUCUCUUUCGGAGAUUGGCCAUUGCGCCGAGACUUCUAUCUCUCUCUUUCUCACUCUCUCUCACUCUCACUGUUUACUACGGUAGAUAACUGUGUCCUCCGUACUGGGUGUGGUCUGUCGGCUAAUUCAUCGUGGA